AUUAGCAGCGCGUCCUGGAGAAGAAACUCAGAGCAGAGAAGUGUCCAAGGCGCAGAGGCAUCCGGGGGCCACUUCACCUGUGAGGUGCCUCUCAAUCCGGAUGUUCAGCGCGACCCUCCGUCCUCCGCUGCUGAGUCGACGCUCAGCUCAAAGUACAGUUUAAAAAGCAAUUCCUGUUUGUUUCUCCUGCGCGUACUCGCAUCGCCUCCUGCGUGGGUCCCAGCAGACGCACCGACUGGUUGGUCGCGCUGCUCUCCGAGGGUCCCACAGCUGCCGCGCUGCGUGAACUCCAAGUCAGCGACAGGACUUCAAAAGCCUGCUAGAAGGAUGAUGUCCUACAUUAAACAACCCCACCAUUACACUAUGAACGGGUUAAACCUGCCUGGUCCAGGGAUGGAUGUUCUUCACACCACCGUCGCUUAUCCCCCCACUCCACGGAAGCAGCGGCGGGAGCGCACCACCUUCACUCGGACACAGCUGGACAUCCUGGAAGCCUUGUUCUCCAAGACCCGCUACCCGGACAUCUUCAUGAGGGAGGAGGUGGCCCUGAAGAUCAACCUGCCUGAGUCCCGUGUGCAGGUUUGGUUUAAGAAUCGCCGUGCCAAAUGCCGCCAGCAGCAGCAGCAAAGUAGUGGCCAGUCCAAGCCCCGCCCUCCCAAGAAGAAGGCCUCGCCAGUGCAGGAGUCCAGUGCCCCUGAUCCAGUUCCCAAUCCAUCUGGUUCCUACAGUCCCUCUUCAGCUCAGUCAGCCGGGCCCAGCCUGGCCUCCAGCUCCAACACAGGAAACACCGCUGUGUCCAUCUGGAGCCCGGCCAUCUCGCCGCUGCCCGACCCCCUGGCCUCCUCUGCUCCUUGCAUGCAGCGGCCCUCCCCUUACCCCAUGAGCUACGGUCAGCCGUCGGCCUACACCCAGGGCUACCCCAGCACUACUUCCUACUUCACGGGCCUGGACUGCAGCGCCUACCUGUCCCCCAUGCACUCCCAGCUGUCAGGCACCGGGGGUGCUCUCAGUCCCAUCACUGUUCCCUCUAUGGGGGGUUCUUUGAGCCAGUCCCCAGCUUCACUGUCUUCGCAGGGCUACAGUACCGCCUCGUCCCUGGGCUUCACGUCUGUGGACUGCCUGGACUACAAGGACCAGCAGGCCUGGAAACUGGGCUUCACAACAAUGGACUGCCUGGACCACAAGGACCAAAACUCCUGGAAAUUCCAGGUCCUCUAGGAAGCAAGGAACAAUGUCCUCCAUGAGCGUGUUGAAGUGUGUGACUUAGUCCAGCAUGAGAAGAUUUGUUUCUGCUGAUUGUCAGUUUCAUGUUUGUAGGCUGUUUGUAUUUUUCUCUCUGAGGUGAGCUCUGUAAUAAUGGACUGAACUGGAAGGAUUUAUGAGAUGGAGGAACCUGUGUCUGAGCGAUGCCGAAUGACCCAUGAGUCUGUACUCCUCAUACUGUGUUAAAUACAAAAACAAAAGCCUUUGAAGAGUAUGCAGGGUUAAACAUUACACACACAUAACACUUCUUUUGUGUUUUAAACUGGCAUUGUGUUAAGAGGUAAAGGGAGAGUCAUUUUAACAUGAAGGAACUAUAGGCUGCAUCCUCCUUCAAGGUUUUUCUCAACUAUUUAUUAUAAUUAUUUUAUGCUGCAAUUAGCACAUAUUUUGCUUUUAUUUAGAUACUUUUGGGUAUUUGUGUUAAUUAUAAGUGUUAGAGUUUAGUAUCGUUUUAAUCUGUUUGAUAGAGGAAAAAAAAGAUGACCAGUUUUAGCUGUGUGAUAUAUUAAAGUGGUUUAUUCUUUACACAUGUGUGCACUGAUACUCAUUAAAAAGAAUUAUAGUUUGGAA